AUGGAUCGAUCAAGGUCGACUUCACCUACUCUGUUUCACGAGGGCGCGGCAACUCCAGACAUCGAAAGUGCACCGACUUCGGUACCUCCAAGCCAGAUAGACCUUUCUGCUGGCCCAUAUAACGAAAAACAACAAGAAAAGAGGGAUAUCGAGUCAGACUUUGGUGCCUGGCUAUGUGUCUUUGCAUCUAUGCUAUUCCUGAUAUCUUCUUAUGGAUUUAUGAACUCCCUUGGGACAAUACAAUCCCAUCUCACCCUAAACGAGUUGAACGGCUAUAGCGUCAGCCAAGUCGGAUGGAUAUCAGGAACUUACCUCUUUCUCUCCCUCAUCUUCAACUUCCAAAUCGGCUCUAUCCUAGAUCGCUAUGGUCUUCAGAUCCUCGGCCCGAUCGCCGCAGCUUUCUCCACAGUUACAUUUCUCCUUUUAGCUGAGUGUACGCAAUACUGGCAUUUCAUCCUUUGUCUCGGCCUUUUUGGCAGUAUCGGGAGUGGCAUUGGUGCUGUCACGGCAAUCGGCGUCAUCGGCAAGCUUUUCACUCGCCGCCGCGGUCUUGCCAUGGGCAUUGCCGUCAUGGGUACUUCGCUGGGUGGUAUUAUUUACCCGAUGAUGCUACGUGCUACUUUUAGCAAGCUUGGCUGGGCUUGGUCGAUGAGGCUUGUUGCGCUAGUCAUUGCGUGCAUCACGUCGCUCGGCGUGUUAUGCUAUCUCCCAUUCCGUCGUCUCACUGAGGGGCAAUCCACGGCUCAGAAACCACAGAGCUUCAGCUUAGACUUGUCUGCUUUCAAGUCUUUGAGCUUUGUCGUCACUGCCCUUGGUAUUUGCAUGGUCGAGUUCGUCAACUAUGGAAUCAGUGGCUUGUUACCAACUAUCGCAAGAGGAGCAGGGUUUUCCACCGAGGAUGGAUACACGCUUCUGUCAAUCUUGGGUGCUUGCUCUUGCUUCGGUCGUUUCUCGAUUGGGUUCGUGGGAGACAAGGUUGGGCCGUUCAAUGCUAUGAUCACUACCAUGCUAGUCAUCCUAGUGUUCAUUUCGUCCGUCUUUAUCCCAUUCAGUACGACCUCGACUCCUCUCAUGUAUACCUUCACGGCACUUUGGGGAUACUGUUCGGGAUCUUUCUACGUCCUAUCACCAUUAUGCACUGGAAAGACUUGCGAGCCACAAGAUUAUGCUCGAUAUUUCGGGAAGGCUCAACAAAUAUAUCAGCGUAAGAAGCGGACUCGCUGCCAGUCAUGUGCAAGGCGACGCAUCAAGGUUCGAGAGACAUACAUCACAGGUCAUGUCCUGACCCCAGCUAACUCCAAGAAAAAGUGCCAAGGAGGCACCCCUUGCGAAUAUUGCAUCCGCACGAAGAAGAACUGCCAACCUCAAGCCGCCACAGUCUCCGAGCUCAAAUUUGUCAGCCAUUCCAUGGUGCCUCAAAAUACAGGCAUCCUCAAGCCGCACAUAAGCGAGAAGCCCGACAGCAUAUACUUGAGGACGUUCUUCUUAUUUCUUCGACGCUGCGAAUUCACACCCGAGUUUGCAAGCUUGGGUACUGACUUUCUGCCUCUGAUUCGAGCGUGUGCACCACUGCGAGAGGCAACAGUCGCGAUUGGCGCCUUGGAAAUCAGCAGGUCCCCAAGUACAAGGUCCUCUAAUGAGCUUCAAUCACCAUACCAUUUUGCAUUGAAAUCAUAUAGCAAGGCACUCUCAAGCCUUCAGCACUACAUAAGGUCACCAGACGCAUUGCAAUGCCAAGGCGUUCUUUGGUGUACAUUACUUCUUGGCUUAUUUGAGUUGAUGAUCGAAGUCUCUGGAGGCCAGUGGGCCAAGCAUAUGCUCUAUGGCACUUCUAAGAUAUUUGAACUUUCUGGGUCCGGUAGUCGUUCUGAUUAUCUCGGCUCUCAGUCCUUUGAGACAUUCAGGUUGUUAGAGGGGAACCGAGCAAUUCUCUACGGUGAAGAUACCGUACUAUCCGACUACUCGUGUACGGACCAACAUAACAUAAUCGCAUCAAACCCAUUAGGCGAAAUUCUCGACUUUAUUAUCAAAAUAUCUUCUUUCAUUUCUUCGAUCAAAUUGAGUCAAUUCCAGAGGAUCAACGACAAGAUCAUCCGGAUCUAG